AUGCCGUCUGUAAAGCAUUAUUCUUCAAGUGAAGUGAAUCAGUAUGAAUUAUCUUCUAGAUUAUUAUCGUUAACCGAAAACAAUACUUCUUAUACCCUUACACAAAUAAAUGGCCAAAGGAUUUACAGAAAAGCACCUCAUGCUUGGAGUGGUCCGGAACCAUCGAGGAACUGCGAGGUAUUCAUUGGUCGUAUACCACACGAUUGCUUCGAAGACACCUUGGUGCCUCUGUUUCGCCAGGCGGGGGAACUGUUUGAGUUUCGUCUCAUGAUUAAUUUUUCCGGUUGGAACAGAGGAUAUGCAUUCGCUAUGUAUACCACCGAGGAAGAGGCGAGCAACUCUAUACGAAUGUUCAACAAUUAUAUGAUCCGACCCUCUUGGCAACUUGGUGUAUGCCCAUCGAUCAACAACUGCCGCAUCUUCAUAUCUCGCAUACCAGCUACAACGCCGACGUCAGAAAUAGUUCGUUUGGUGUACGCUCUGACGGAGGAAGUGCAGGAGGUGCGCGUGCGACGCUCAGCGGCGGCCUGCGCAGCCAUCGUGGAGUACCGCUCACACCGCGGGGCUGCUAUGGCGAGGAAGGCGCUGGUGGCGGCUGCUGCGGCGGCCUGGGGCGCCGGUGCACGACCCGCCGUCGACUGGUCACUACCUCAGUCGCCGCAGCUGUUGAGACAGUAUAGGGAGGUGGGUCGUUGGAGUCCCGAGCGUGGCGUGGAGCUUACUCGGGCAGGUGAUGACCCUCCGGCGGUGGGCGUAGUGUCAGCGGGCGGAGCGGGCGGCGGCUCCUACACGCUGGAGCGAUGGUCGCAGGCUCGACGGCUGAGGAUGAUACAUGAGGCACAGCGGAACGCACACGCCGCCGCUGCCACUCAGGCCACACCCUUACCAACCGCUCACGACUGGUCCCCUCAGGGCAUAGAUUCCCUGGUGUCGUCUCUGUCGUCGCUGGGUGUGUCUCGAGUGUGGGCGGCGCCGCCUCCGCCCGCUCGUGACUUCAACCCCUGGACCGCGCGCCACCCGCUCGAGGAGUUCAUGCCGCACCGCUCACAGUGA